GCUCUCUGAGAGACCGGCCUGGUGAGCAACGACAUACAAACCCACAGUUUCACAGACAGUCCAAAGGAGAGAGAAAAAAAAAAAAAGAAGAAAAACCUUCAAGUCGAGUCCUGCCAUGGGCUGUCCCAGCACUGGGAGCGAGCCUACAGCUGGGGCUCAGGAAGUGGGAAAUUUGAUAGGAGCUUCUGUUGCUCAGACGGCCACAGCUCACAGCUGGGAGAGAGCGGGACUCUGGAAAAACUGACACACUCCCCUUUCCUGCUGCCGCCCCCCGAGCCUGGACGCACAGACACACAGACACGCCGGAGGGGAGCAGGGAGAGGGACGGAGGCAGAGGAAGAGGGGGGGGAGAAGAUGGAGGACUCCUUAGCGUUCCCGCAGAAGUACCCCACCCUGUCGGUGGUCCUGUUGUCCGUCGUGUUCAGGGCAGUCCACAGGCUGCUGCGGGUCGUGCCUCUGCCCAAAGCCGUGGAAGUUGACCGGUUCAAAACCUGGAAGUGGAGAAACCUCUGUGUGUCUCUGGUGCACUCCUUGCUAACCGGGCCCUGGGCAGUGACAUGCGUCGUGUGGUGGCCUGAACUGCUGUACAAACUCCGCUCCUUCCACACACCAGUCGCCUACCUUCUCAUCUGCGUCUCCACCGGGUAUUUCAUCCAGGAUGCAGGGGACAUCAUUUUGAGUGGACAGGCUCGAGCAUCCUGGGAAUUCUUGCUCCAUCAUGCUCUGGUGAUCUGGUGCUUCCUGUACGCGCUCUACACGAAGAUGUACGUGGCCGGCACGGUGGUGGCGCUCUUCGUGGAGGUGAACAGCGUCUUCCUGCACAGCCGGCUGCUGUUCAAGCUGGCCGCCGCCCACUCCUCGCCGCUCUACGGCGUCGUCAAGCUGCUCAACCUCCUCACCUACGUCUCCUUCCGCCUCGGCGCCCAGUUCUACCUCACCUGGUACAUCCUGCGCCACUACGCCACCCUGGAGCACGCCGGCUACUUCCUGUCCUCCCUGCUGCUCAUGAACGCCAUGAUGCUCGUCUACUUCUACCGCCUCCUCCGCGCGGACAUCUUCCCCCAGGCCCGGCGGUGUGGUGCCCAGAACGGCACGGCGAAGAGCCACAGCAGCAAGUUCGUGUAUGACUGAAUGCCGCCCGGCUGGGGGGGGGGCAUGGGUUCCCAGCCCCUCUCUCCCGCGCCGUCUCCUCCCUCCCCAGUCCAGCCUCGGCUCGGCAAAACCACAAUCCUCAGGCUGCCGAUGCCGGGACUGGAUCCUGUUGCUCUGUUUUACAUUCCCCUGGCUAAACUGGGAUUUUUAUUCCGUUCGCCGUUGUGCACCCAAGGGUUGGGACCUCUGAGCGGUCAACAGCCUUCCGCGCAUCCUUUCCACUUCCUGUCCGUUCUUGACCGGCAAGCCCCCGCAGAAAAAGGCCUGAUUAAAGGGUGGAAAACUGCCUGCACUGUCUUUGCAAGCAACUGUUGCAUGAAACCCAUUAAGGAUGGAGGGGCGAUACCGGCUUCACACAUCAGACGGAUUUCCUGGUCUGUGUAUUAGCCACCACGCACUGUCUGAAUAAUUCACGUGAUAUGUCCAUUCCUGCGAAUGCACAUGGAAAGGUACUAGAACGAGUGUGCUAACCGUGCUCUCUAAUACAUCUUAGCAGCUCCAUGAACUCUCCCCAUAGUAUUUUUAUAAAAUAGGAGUAGCAAGCUUUUUUUUUUUAAAGAAAAUGGCUGGACCAAUCAUAUGGACAUUGACAGUUUUAGGAAUCUUGUACGGGGUUGUGGAUGCAUGAACCAGGGAUUUCUAACGAGGGGUGUGGGGUCAAAAACAAAAAAUAAAGUUUAACUUUUCACCCAGGAGUCUAGUGUUAGCAGUGGGGAAAGUCUCCACUCACACAGAGCCUCUGUUCUGACAGUGCUAGCAGGGUAUCGGUUGACAUACAGUUCCGUUUUAUGAGCUUCCAUUUGCUGUAGUCAUCUGUAUGCUUGGCCGUGAAUCUGGAAGGUACUUCUGUUCGUAGUCAGAGGGAUAUCUUAAAACAGGUUCCGCUGAAAAAAGGUUGAAGCCUCUCACCUAACCACAAACACCACGCCUGCCGAGCACUCUCAGUUAAUGGUGCUGCUGGCGGCCAGAGGGAGGCGCUAUCAGUGGACUGGGAGCAGGAUACCCCAGGCCGCGGGGAGCCCAGGUCAGUCAGGGUGCGACAGUGACCCUUGCGCACUUCCUGGGUGCCCAUGAUGCCUCACUGUCCCACCUCUGUUACUGAGGGCACUUACCACCAGGAGCAGCCAUGUAGCCAGGGGUCAAAGGUCAAAGAGGCUUGAUAGCAGAAGGCAGUGGAUAUGUUAUGGGCUAAAAAUCGGAAGGGUAUAAAUGGAAUGGAAACUUUAAUUAACCAGAUGGGAAACCUCUUUGACCAAGUUUGAAUUUCGACUCCCGGAACAGGUCACUGCUCCAUUUCCCAACAAAAGAGUGCUAAGCAGAACAGCAGAGGAUCAAGCUCUACCAGCCAUGCGGGUCACCUGGGACGCCAUGCCAGCAAGGGCAGAUUUUUUCCUCCCCAGAAUGAUGGUAACCUUAAGGUGCCACCUUAAGAAACACAGUAGAAAUUUACACCAAAGCAGUAGUAGCCAGUCAGCAGGCAAGUUAAAAGCACAAAUACAGUCCAUUCUCCUCUGGCUCGUGGGUGUUGACGCCACCACACACAUACCAUUACAGCUGGUGUCAUCGCAGGGAGUCAAUGUGACUCUCAGAAACCCUGCGUUAAUGGACAUCAGCUGAGCUCUCCAGCACCCAGAGAAUUGUGCAAACUAAGGCAAACAGCCCCCCACAGUCAGGCUGACAAAGGCCUGAUUGUCAGCAACACUCGCAUUGUUCAGCACACAUCUCAAUACAAACACACACACUGCUACACUUGUGAUGUGCAACAGUGAGAGGUGAACUGAACUCCCACUGUAUCAGAAAGGCUCAGUGGAUUCUUCAACUUCUAAAGAGCAAAGUUUUAUACAUAAACCGAUCAACAGACAUUUCAUCUUCAAAAACAACCUGGCCUUCUAGAUAAACGGGCUGUGAGCUUGAACGCAAUACUUUAAAAUACAAACAAGCCAAAACACUUGUUAGGAUCUGCAAAAGAAAUACCUAUGAAAAAUUCAAACUGAUUGAUUUAGCGUGACAUACCAACAGUGAACAUUUUCAAGAGAAGGCUGCUCAAACUCUGGUGAGCUGCUUUUUGGAGAAAUGUUUUAGAUUUUGUUUUAUAAACCAGCUGGAUUCUGUACUUGUUCCUGUUUAACCGGUUUCACAUUCUAGCAGAAUUAUUGUCACAUUCCAAGGAACACAAACACAGAUCCAUGUCACAAUUACAAAUACAUCUGAUGUGGUAAACUGCAACUACAUUUUACCACAUCAGUCUUGGGAACAGUUUACAGACUUCAAAACAUGAUGGUGCCAUUAAAAAGAACAGAUCCUGCCAAAACUCAGUCAUUCACUUCACACAAUAGCACUAAUUUAAGAGCUAUUCUGAUAUUAAAGGAUUAUAAACCAUGAUUCUAUAGAAAAUGAAUAAGCACAUAGAGAAUUAGUGUUCAAGCUAACCCUAAUCACUACUAUAGCUACAGAGGCUUAAAGGUCUACAAAACCACUUGGCAGGUCCCAGGAAAGUCAGUCAGAAGAGACAGAACUCCAGCUGAUAAAAUACUAGCCGUUCACCAGCUGUAAGAGAAUGCUAAAUAACAAACUGGAUUAUUUCACCAUUUAAAAAAAAAAUCUCAAUUGGGUAUUUUGUUUGGUUAUUUUUUGGGGGGGCAGGGGGUUUCCAUUAAAAUUACCUACAUCUUUAAAAAAAAUUUGUAUAAAUAUCACUAAUUGGUUCAACUUUAACAGCUUGAAUAGUACAAAUGUCAACAAACUGUGUAUUCCCUAUGAUUUUCAAAUAUGAAAACUGUCCUAUUUCACACUGGCUGCUGUUUAAAACUGUAGCCGCCAGGCACUGUGAACAAGGUCAUAUGCAAAAAUAACCCCAUAACAUUAGCUAUCAAGUUCAGAAAACUAGACUAAGAACAAGGGAUGUCUUUGGGUUCUUAAACCCCUGUAUUUUAAAUGUUCCAGUAAAAUUUAUAGAAUAUAA